AGCUCCACAAGCCCUUCUAAGAAGAUGCAUUUGCUCCUGCUCCUGUUGGCCUUCUUUCUGCCUCCCAAGGCACAGGCAGGGGAGAUCAUCGGGGGACAAGAGGCCAAGCCCCACUCCCKCCCCUACAUGGCCUAUCUUCAGUACUUGAGUCAGAAUUCAUUGCGCACUUGUGGUGGCUUCCUGAUAAGAGAAGACUUUGUGCUGACAGCUGCUCACUGCUUAGGGAGGCCAAUGAACGUCACCCUGGGGGCACACAACAUUGAAAAGCAGGAGAAGACGCAGCAGGUCAUCCCAGUGAAAAGAACCAUCCCCCAUCCAUAUUAUGACAAUCAAUACUUCUACAAUGACAUCAUGUUAUUGCAGCUAGAGAAAAAAGCCAAGUUGAAUCCAGCUGUGAAGCUUAUCAAGCUGCCCAGGGGCAAGGAUAAGGUGAAGCCUGGGAAGGUGUGCCUUGUGGCUGGCUGGGGGAGAAUGGCCCCAAAAGGCAAAUACCCCAACACACUGCAGGAGGUGGAACUGACAUUGCAGGAGGACCAGGUGUGCAAGAACCACUUCAGCAAUUACAAUAGUAACAUAGAGAUAUGUGCAGGGGAUCCAAAGAAGAAAAAUGCUUCUUUUCAGGGGGACUCCGGAGGCCCUCUUGUGUGUAACCAUGUGGCCCAAGGAAUUGUCUCUUAUGGGAAAAAAGAUGGGAAACCUCCAGGUGUCUAUACCAAAGUCUCCAGAUUCCUACAGUGGAUAAAGGAAACCAUGAAAAGCCACCAAGUACAGGAGACAGACUAA